AUGUCGAAGCCGUUCGUCCCCACCCCAGCCAUAUCCCGCCCGGGAACGCCCAACAGCAGCGGGUACAAGCAGGAUGACACCCUGCUGAGAGACUUGGGAGAGCGCGGAGAGAGAGAUAGACUGGAGAGGGAGGAUAAGGAGAAGAAGGAUGCCAGGCAAGAGCAGGUUCUCCCCAUCCUCGCCUAUUGUGCUGCUAGUAUCAUGAUGACUGUCGUCAACAAAUACGUCGUUUCUGGCGCCAACUUCACCAUGACUUUCUUGCUGCUGGCUAUCCAGUCUUCGGUCUGUGUUCUGGCUGUCUCUACUGUCAAGCGCUUGGGCUUCAUCACCUACCGAGACUUUGACAUGAAGGAUGCCAAAGCCUGGUGGCCUAUUUCUACUCUUCUUGUGGCUGUCAUCUACACUGGAUCCAAGGCUCUGCAAUUCUUGUCGAUCCCUGUCUACACCAUCUUUAAGAACUUGACCAUCAUCCUUAUUGCUUACGGAGAAGUCUUCCUGUUUGCCGGUAACGUCACCGGUCUUACCCUUUGCUCCUUUGCCCUCAUGGUCGGCUCUUCCAUCAUUGCUGCCUGGUCAGACAUCUCUUCUGCCUUCAGCAAGGCGCCCGAGCUUGACCCCAUUGCUGGUAUCGACAUCGCUGCUGGCCAUGUCUCUACCAUAGGUGGCCUCAACCCGGGUUACGUCUGGAUGGCCCUGAACUGCUUUGUCUCUGCCGCCUACGUCUUGUUCAUGCGCAAGCGUAUCAAGGUCACCGGCUUCAAGGACUGGGACUCCAUGUACUAUAACAACCUUCUCUCCAUUCCCAUCCUCGUCGUCUUCUCCCUCGUCAUCGAGGACUGGGGAUCCGAGUCUCUCGCCCUCAACUUCCCCGCUUCCAACCGAGUCAUCCUCCUCUCUGCCAUGGCCUUCUCCGGUGCUGCCGCCGUCUUCAUCUCCUACUCUACCGCCUGGUGUGUCCGAGUCACCGGUUCUACUACCUACUCUAUGGUCGGCGCUUUGAACAAGCUCCCCGUGGCUGCGAGUGGUAUCUUGUUCUUUGUCGAUCCCGCUUCCUUUGGCAACGUUUCUGCCAUUGGUGUUGGUGGUUUGGCGGGUAUCGUCUACGCUGUGGCCAAGACGAACCAGGCCAAGGUUGAGAAGGCGAAGCAGGCGAGGGCUUCUGGUGGUAGACCAUAA